CCGGCCUCCAGUUGGCUCAUCCCCUCCUUGGAGCACAAAAGUAGAUGCACUUAUAUGUGAACAUUACCAUUCCAGCACAUUCUCUGACCGGCUUUCCCUUCCAGAGGCUGACCCCACCCUAACUUCCAAAAUGUCUUACUGUGCCAAGCCAUACUCUCCGAAACCUGCGAGAACUUCAAAGGUCACAUUGCUGACGGACAAGAGCCCGACCGGAAACAAGCUGAAGGUGGUGGAGUCUCUCCGAGAUGAGGCUGGUGUGUCACCAAGUUCCCCUAUGAAUGCCGAGACAAGAAGCCCCAUAGAAUGUCUGGCUGACACUCUCCUUCCAAAAUCAAUAACGUCUUAUUCACCAUCCAACAGGUCAGUCUACGAGAAAAACCUCUGCACCCACUGCCACAAGCCCCUGAGUCAGGAGCCUAGGAUAGUCCUGGAUGAUGCGGAGAUCAGCUGUCAUGCCUCUUGCUUUAAGUGUGACCUGUGCAAUGGCUCUCUGGGGCACCUAAAGGCUGGGGACAGCAUGUGGGUGCAUCGCCACAGGGUGUACUGUGGGCACUGCUACAGCAUAACCAGGGAACAAUGGCGCGGUUCAAAUUAAUGAAGCAGAUGAAAAUAAGGACGAAGACAGACGACUGCAGUACAUUAUGCACAAACAACCACACAGCCCCAAACUUUUCUUUAGAGUUACUUCUCAUUUUACAGGAAUAUCCUCAUCCUACCAUCAUAUUCACACCCCUCAACUGAUUACAGGCCACAGAUGACGGACCUCUGUCUCUACCAAAGGACAAGUCAUUUACUAUAAUCUGACAUAUACAUGCAUUUAUAGCAUAGUGUAUUGAAAAUCAUAUAUUAACCUAAAGUCUAUCAUUAACAUUUAAAAAUUCUUCUUUUUAGUAACGCUCAACCAAUUCUUUGUGCAAAUCAAUUUAUUCCAUUCUGUCAUAACUUUAACAAUCAUAUUACUUUUACGAGACUAAGCUAUGUUAACAAAUACGUUAUGGUGUGAUGAAAACAGACUUCAAUUACAGGACCAGUUUAAAAGAAAAAUAUUGAAUAACAUCUAAUAGCGGUGGCUUCUUGAGUUUUCUGGGAUAAGUUUUCGUUAACUUGUGUAGUAAGGACAGACGGCAGCACGCAAUAAAAUGUGUAAGAGAAGCAUAUGCAAUGUCCCAGUGUUAUAAAUCCAUGACUGUCGACUGCUGCUGGGUAAAAUGAUGCAGUUUUCAUGGUACCGAGUGUCGCCGUGCAGGGAGGGGGUGCGAGGACGGGGGGGGUACAUGGCUCUUAACCCCGAAGUUGAGCGCUACAGCAUCUCUAUGCAACACUCAUUCUAAACCGGGAGCAGCUGAUUGCGUGGAGCUAACGGAACUUUCUCCACUAUUUCUGCGCUUGUUUGUCUACGUUAUAAUCGAUGGAAGCGGCAGUGCUAAGACCCCGAAUGAUGGUGGACGAUAACGGCAACAAUAAUGGCCUGAAUGCGGAGCUGGAAGUGAAAAAGCUGCAGGAGCUGGUUAGGAAAUUGGAAGUGCAAAAUGAGCAGCUGAGGACACGCGCGAGCGCACAGGCCUGUCUGCUGGGGAGUCCCGCGGAAUCACCCCCCAGCCCGCUUUUAUCGGGAAUCUAUUGCAUUCCUAGUGUGAUACCGAUACUCUCACGCUCGCCAGUUGCCGACGAUCCUCACGCUUAUUUCCGCCCGCGUUGCACGGCCGGUGCUGAGACAGAAGAUGCGUAUAAUGGCCUUUCGGUUCUGGAUGAGGUUGAGCUGUUGGACCUUGACUCCACAUUUCCCUGCGAUGCGGAGUCAGAGGACACCUGGUUAUAUGCAUCGCCAAAGGCCAAGCCCCGAGCAGAAUUUGCCCUUAGCCCCCUGCAGUGGUGCAGGCAGGUGUUAGACCUUCCCAAGCCCGAUGUCGAAGCUGCCCAGCGGUCCUUUCCCCACAAGCUUGGACAAGCCCACCCAGGGAGAGACAUUUCCUCCAGCCCUGCCCUCCCCCACAGCCCUGCGGAUAUAGAAUCCCCCCCUAGCACAUCUGCCCGGCCUUCUGUUAAACCUACACUCACAAAGCGUGCAGCCUCAUUAUGCACAUCUAGUCAACAUUUACCUCCUGUGACUCAGACAUCCAGUGGGAAGGGCUGCUUUGGUCAAGCUGAGAGAUCACCUUCAUUCUUCUCCCACUCAUCCAGUAACAGUGAUGGGUUCAGACACCCUCCGCUGAGCUCGCAGCUCUCCUUCAGCACUUCCGAGCUGGAAGAUGAUUCUAUUUCCAUGGGCUACAAGCUGCAGGACUUGACAGAUGUGCAGAUCAUGGCACGGAUGCAGGAGGAGAGCCUCCGUCAGGACUACGCCUCCACCUCGGCUUUGGCCACCAACCGCAGCUCCAGUUUCAUCCAGUUUGGGCAGCAGGCAGCCCGCAGUGAGCUGGCUGGGGAGGAAGAGAAAGAGCACGAUCGACCAGGAACCGAGCAGUGCAGCUUGCCUCCAUCCCACAGUAAAAGGAAAAGCCGUAGUAGCCUGCUGGCUGCGCAGUGCUUUGGAGGCCACUACCCACCACAGCACCUCAGUCCUGUCAGGUCCAGCUACCCACCACAGCACCUCAGUCCUGUCAGAUCCAGCUACCCACCACAGCACCUCAGUCCUGUCAGGUCCAGCUACACACCACACGCUGACAGCCAAAGGCCCAACAUCGGUAAGUUACGGAGAAGCAUGCCUAACCUUGUGCGCGCUCCUAGUGCUCCCAGUGUUCCCAGUGUUCCCAGCAUUACACGCCCUGCCAGCUCAGAGUCAUCCAUUCGCACCAGCCAAAGCUUUGACUCCUCCAGUGCUCGGACAAGGCUGCAGUCUUCAAUUUCUUCCCCUGGUCAGCUGCAGCAGCAUGUUCGCAGUGCGCGGACAUUCCCAUCGCCUACGUGGCAUGCCCUCAAAGCCAUGGCAUACGUUGGCCCCCCCAUGCAAGGUCCCAACAUCCCAUGCUCCACCAACAGUGCACACCCUGCCCCCAGUAUCGGCAUUCGCCUUCCCAGCAAGUCCAGUGCCCCAUCCACAGUGGGUGGAGGCAUCGUACCCAGGCCUACCUCCAUCAUCGGAAUUGGUACCGUUCUGCACAGCAACAUCAGCCAGCCAGUCCGCAGUUUACUUACUCCAGCAAAGAGCCUGUCUACACUGAGUGCCCCCUGGGAGAGACGUUGGAGAGAUGGGUGUUUCUAACUCAGGGCAAUGAAGCUGGAGAUGUGAAACGCCAACCGUGUUUGGUACCCAGCGGGCCAGGACAGCUCGGCGUGACUGAUAACGUGGCAGGGACAGAAUUCUGACGUGUACUUCUUGAGUGGGAGAAUCUGUGGUACUCAGUCAACAGAAAUGGUUGAAACAGUAAUGUGUAAACAGUAUGCAUUUCAGUGAUGCUGCCCUCACCAUUACAGUUUUCUUGUCAAAUUUGUAAUGCAAAAUAUUUUAACCAAAAAAUCUGUUUGGGGCAUAAUAUAUGAGAUUGUUAUAAAAAAACAUUGCUGUAAGUAAUGUAAUUAUUUUACUCAUUUUAAAUAUGACUAAACCAAGAAUGGCUGUAAAAAAUAAACAUUUUAUUAACAUGUUAAUAAAGUUGAAAUUAUAAAAUU